CGGCCGGCCGAGGGCGUGCCGAUGCGGGAGCUCCGGACGUGAGGCAUGAGCGGCGCCCUCCCCCGGCCCGCGCGCGUCCUGCCGCCUCCCGGAGCGAGGGUCUCACGGCGCGGGGCCUAGCGGCGGGCAUCCCAGGCCUCGGCUUUUGCAGGGGCAGGUGCGGCCGCGCCGGGCGCCGGGGAGGGCGGCGGCCACCAUGGAGGUAAGCGGGCCGGAAGACGACCCCUUCCUGUCGCAGCUGCACCAGGUGCAGUGCCCCGUGUGCCAGCAGAUGAUGCCUGCCGCGCACAUCAACUCGCACCUGGACCGCUGCCUGCUGCUGCACCCCGCGGGACACGCGGAGUCCGCGGCCGGGCCGCACCGCGCCGGAGAGCGCGCCAAAGGGCCCUCGCCGCCCGGCGCCAAGCGGCGGCGGCUGUCGGAGAGCUCGGCGCUGAAGCAGCCGGCCACCCCGACGGCAGCCGAGAGCAGCGAGGGCGAGGGCGAGGAGGGCGACGACGGCGGCGAGACCGAGAGCCGCGAGAGCUACGACGCGCCGCCCACGCCCAGCGGCGCGCGCCUCAUCCCCGACUUCCCGGUGGCGCGCGCCGGCAGCCCCGCCAGGAAGGGCUCGGGGAAGCGGCCGGCGGCAGCCGCCGCGGCGGGCAGCGCAUCUCCGCGCAGCUGGGACGAAGCGGAGGCGCCGGAGGAGCUGGAGGAAGCGGGCGGCGACGGCGAUGGCGACGGCGACGCGGACGCGGACGGCGAGGACGACCCAGGGCACUGGGAUGCGGACGCCGCCGACACCGCCUUCGGGACAGGCGGCGGGAGCCGCGCGCACCCCCGGGCGCUGGCGGCCGAGGAGAUCCGACAGAUGCUGGAGGGCAAGCCAUUGGCUGACAAGAUGCGGCCCGACACCCUGCAGGACUACAUCGGGCAGAGCAGGGCCGUGGGGCAAGAGACGCUGCUGCGCCCUCUGCUGGAGACCAACGAGAUACCCUCGCUUAUCCUGUGGGGACCGCCGGGCUGCGGCAAGACUACCCUGGCUCACAUCAUAGCCAACAACAGCAAGAAACACAGCAUAAGGUUUGUGACACUGUCCGCAACAAAUGCCAAGACAAAUGAUGUGCGAGAUGUUAUAAAACAAGCUCAGAAUGAAAAGAGCUUUUUCAAAAGGAAAACUAUCCUUUUUAUUGAUGAGAUUCAUCGGUUCAAUAAAUCUCAGCAGGACACUUUCCUUCCUCACGUGGAAUGUGGGACACUCACCCUGAUUGGAGCAACCACUGAAAACCCUUCCUUCCAGGUCAACGCAGCGCUUCUGAGCCGCUGUCGGGUGAUUGUUUUAGAGAAGCUUCCAGUGGAGGCGAUGGUGACUAUUCUAAUGCGCGCAAUCAACUCCCUGGGAAUCCAUGUCCUGGACUCCAGCCGGCCAGGCGACCCUCUGAGCCACAGCAGCAACAGCAGCUCUGAGCCCUCCGUGUUCAUAGAGGACAAAGCGGUGGACACUCUGGCUUACCUCAGCGAUGGGGAUGCCCGCACUGGCUUGAACGGACUGCAGCUGGCAGUGCUGGCUAGGUUAAGCUCCAGGAAGAUGUUCUGUAAGAAGAGUGGGCAGACGUACUCCCCAAGCCGCGUUCUGAUCACCGAGAAUGAUGUGAAGGAAGGCCUCCAGCGCUCCCACAUUUUAUAUGACCGUGCCGGGGAGGAGCACUACAACUGCAUCUCAGCGCUGCACAAGGCCAUGCGCGGCUCCGACCAGAACGCCUCGCUCUACUGGCUGGCACGCAUGCUCGAGGGAGGAGAGGACCCGCUGUAUGUGGCCCGGAGGCUCGUGAGGUUUGCCAGCGAGGACAUCGGCCUGGCAGACCCCUCCGCACUGACACAAGCGGUCGCUGCCUACCAGGGCUGCCAUUUCAUCGGCAUGCCGGAAUGUGAGGUGCUGCUGGCCCAGUGUGUGGUCUACUUUGCCAGAGCUCCCAAGUCCAUCGAGGUGUACAGCGCCUACAACAACGUCAAAGCCUGCCUGCGGAACCACCAGGGCCCGCUGCCCCCAGUGCCGCUGCAUCUGAGGAACGCGCCCACCCGGCUGAUGAAGGACCUGGGCUACGGCAAGGGCUACAAGUACAACCCCAUGUACAGCGAGCCGGUGGAGCAGGAGUACCUGCCCGAGGAGCUGAGAGGCGUCGACUUCUUCAAGCAGAGGCGCUGCUGACUCCGGGCGGCGCCCGCGGAGGGGUGGAGCGGCUGGGGAGCUCGGGCCGCCCGGGCAGGUGAGGACAGACCAGUACUCGGUGCCGGAAGUCAGGUGGAGGCAGGUCUUCAACUAAACGUGUCACAUUGAAAUUGUGUUCAUUUGCACCUCGUGCAAUGGUUAUGCUUAUGAAAUACCUGGCAGCUUUGUGCAAUGAUUAAUGUUAUAAGGAAUUAUCUAUUUUGUCAUAGUAUUUAAGUCAUAAUGUCAUUUCAGAAUUCAGUUAAGUAGGAUUUUUUUCCUUUAAAAAAUGUAUAUUCUGGGUAGUUUCAAUUGGUUAAAAAAAUGUAAUCGUGAUUUAAUACUGCAUAGUGUUUUGGGUAUUUUUUUUAUAUGCAAAGGUCUUAUGAGCCAAUAAAACUAUUUCAAAGUA